AUGCCUCGUGGUCAUCAGAGUAAGCUCCGCUCCCGUGAGAAACAUUGCCAGGCACAAGGCGACACCCACAUUGCCCAGAGUGCUCAGGCCAGUGCAGCAGAAGAGGAAGGGUACCCUUCGUCUUCCUCUCCUCCUUUUGGGGGGUCUCCCCUGAGCUCCCCUGCUGCUGGAAUUCCCAGAGGCCCUCAGAGCAUCGCACCCACGAUCACUGCUGCUGUAGGUGCUUCAGGCACAAGAGCUGCUGGAGGGGCCAAGGGCCAAGAUAAGGGAGGGCCAAGUUCCUCUGAGGCCCCAGCCCCCAUUGAGAGGCCUCAAAGAGACCCUCUAACCAGGAGGCUGGUCAUGUUGUUGCAGUUCCUGCUGUACAAGUAUAAAAUGAAAGAGCCCAUUACGAAGACAGAAAUGAUGAAGAUCAUCAACAUAAGGUAUAAGGAGCACUUCCCUGACAUCCUGAGGAGAGCCUCUGAGCACAUGGAGCUGGCCUUUGGCCUUGACCUGAAGGAAGCUGACUCCAAAGGUCAAUCCUAUGCCCUUGUCAGUAAAUUGGAGAUCACCAAGGAAGAGAAUCUGAGCGGUGGCAGGGGGUUUCCCAAGAAUGUCCUGAUGGUUUUCGUGGGCAUGAUCUACAAGAAUGGCAACCGGGACAUCGAGGAGGAGAUGUGGGAAUUCCUGAACGUGCUGGGGAUCUACGAUGGGAAGAGGCACUUCAGGUUUGGGGAGCCCAGGAAGCUCAUCACCAAAGAUUUGGUGCAGGAAAAGUACCUGAAGUACCGGCAGGUGCCCAACAGUGAUCCUCCAAUCUACGAAUUCCUGUGGGGUCCCAGAGCCCACACUGAAGCCAGCAAGACAAAAGUCCUGGAGUUUUUGGCCAAGGUUAGUGCUACUGACCCCACUGCCUUCCAAGGCUUGUAUGAAGAAAUUUGGAGAGAUCGGGAAGACCAAGCUACAGGCAGAGAAUGGGCUGGGGCUGGUCCGAAUGUCAUGGCCAGGCUAGCGUCAGGGCAAAGUCCAGUAGGUCCUCCCACCCAUAGUGAAGUCUGA